AUGGAUAUUUCAUUCAAUCCACUUCCACAUUUACACAGAACAUCUGAAAAAAAUGCGAAUAAGAAGAGUGAAGAUAAAGAUGAAUUUGAUUCCAGUGAUGAUCAGCAGCAUGCAAAAUUUUCCAAUAAUAAUAAUGACUGUUUGAGUGUUCCAGACAAAAAUCGAUCAGCAUGGAAAGAAUUUCAUAUGAUUAACACUUAUUUGACACAACUUGGUACCAACGAGUUUUAUGAACGUUUAGAAGAUUUGAAAAAUUUAUUUUUAUCUUAUUUAUAG